AUGGAGACCGAGGCAGAGCGAGAGGAACGGAGUAAGGGAGGAGGAGGAGAGCGAGAUGGAAGUGCACGAGAUGGGAUUGAUCAGCUAAUGUUCGUCUCCAUGAAGGUGCCCGGUAGUUCCACAUUUGCGGUGCUCGUGGUUGGGGCCGUGGCGCUUAACGUCGUACUGACCGCGGUCCAAGCUGUACGCACAACAAUCAUAUGA